GUAACUUAUGUUGAUGGAGAACCAGUUUUAGAUGGACAUUAAUUGAACAACAGACAGAAGAAGGCAAAUAUCGGUCAUAAAAGCCUCUGCUAACGUAAGACUUUCGAAAGUUGUUUUACUUAUUAUAUCAGUCGAUACCGGAAACUUUUGGACUAUUACAAAACAAACAAUUGGAAUCCCAUUACUACAAGGAAGCUAAAUUAAUAAAAUCUACAGUUCUGAAGAAUAAUAUAAUGCGGCGCUAUAUAGCAUCUUAGAUCAAUCCUGAACUGAAAUAAGAGUAUUCAACACAUUUGCUUGUGGAACCUGUUUGGAAAGAUGAACUGAUUUAUCCUUAAUACAAUGUCAGAAAGUGGAAAUAAUAGUAGUGGAAGUGGAUAUGAUAUUCAUUCUAAUCUUCCGAGAGAAGUUGAACAAGACUCCGAACCCGUAGCGGAGACACAGACACAGCAAGCCCAUGGAAAUUUUCUGUCCUUACAUCACACAAAUAUUGGUGAUCAUUACUCACAAAGACACCCCCUUGUAACAGGGCAUUCGAGUUUAAAUCGACCAACUGUUUCAAUUUUUCGUAAAAACAAUAAUGAUAUUGUGCCGGAAAUAUCAAAUAUUUAUGAUGGAUAUAAGUCGGAGGCAAUACGACUGGAAACCUUUUAUGACUGGCCAGUCAAUAUGGUUGUUAGGAAAGAAGACUUAGCACGGAACGGUUUUAUUUAUUUACAUGUUAAUGAUAGAGCACAGUGUGUAUUUUGCCGAGGAGUUUUAUCUAGCUGGGUGCAGGGAGAUGUUGUCGAAGAUGAGCACAAAAGACAUUGUCCAGAGUGUCCCUUUGCAUUUGGUUAUGAGUGUGGAAAUGAACCAUUACCAGGAUCGUCUGUAAUUACUUUGCAAAGACAAAAUGCAAGUGCAAGUACCCAAAGACCACAGCCACAAUUUUAUAUACCAUCUCCUCAACAACAGUCUUUUAACACAACAGUUAAAGUACCAGUACAGGCACAUUUAUUACAAUCCCAUGGGGAGCUUCCGUCGACUCAGAGUACUUCGUUGAAUAGACCAGAUAGUAGACCUAGCGGACUUAGUUCCCUGGGGUCUCUGUCGAGUCUGCCACCAGUACCAUCAGGACAGUUUGGUGUUGGUCAGCCAAAUACUGCCCCGGUUACAACAAAUGAACCAAAGUACAGGGACUGGGGUGAUGAAUACAAAAGAGUUCGAUCAUUCAAAGGUUGGCCAACUCAGAUGUCACAAACACCAAUUGAAUUGGCAAAGGCAGGGCUACUGUAUAUGGGCCAUGGUGAUAGAUGUAAGUGUUUCUGGUGUGGAGGUGAGCUGUACGACUGGGAGCCCCAGGAUAUACCGUGGGAGGAGCAUGCUAAAUGGUUCUCCCAUUGCGGCUAUGUCAGGGCUGUAAAAGGAGAUGAAUAUAUCCGAUAUGUAAGAGAUAGACAGAAUGGGUUGUUAGUAGAUCCACCAGUGUAUGAAGCAUUAAGGACACCACAUGUACUAUCUGUGCUACAGGAGGGGUACACACAGGAACAAGUGAUGGAAGCUUUUAGUAGAUUUGGCAGAGCAAAUUUGGUAGAUGCUCCUAGCAUUAAACAGGCAAUAGAGCACACAAAAAGAGAACGGGAAGCGAUUCUGCGUGAAGCCAACAGAACAGCUGGUACCCAGGAGACAGCCUCACCAGUUACACUUCCAGACGACGAUGAAGAAAUGGAAGUGGAAGAAACUGCUCUACCUGCACAGGGACAGAGUUCAGCGAAUAAAACUGUUGACUCUAACAGACCAACUAGUUCAUCUUCUAAUAAACCUACAAGCUCUUCAUCUAGUACAUCUAGCUCUAAAGAUAAAGAUGUCGAGAGUGUCAUGCAGGAAAAUGAAAAGCUUAAAGAUAUGAAGCUUUGUAAAAUAUGUAUGGAUAAUGAACUCUGUAUGACAUUCUUACCUUGCGGGCACCUCGCCACGUGUGAAGACUGUGCACAGUCGGUGCAAGAAUGCCCUAUUUGUAGAAAGGGUAUUCAACAAAGAGUUAAAAUAUUCUGGGCUUAAAAGUUAAAGUAAGCACAUUGGUUUUAAUCAUCUUUUUAUUAUAGACAACGAAAAUAUAAUUACAUGGUUUGUUAAAAUUAAUGUAGCUUUGGUUUAAUGGUAUAAUUUAUUAAAAAUAAUAGUUUAAUGGUAUUUAAUUAUUGCCUUCCAUGUUAUUUUUUUAUGCCCCCGAAGGGAGGCAUAUGGUUUUUGAACCGUCUGUCUGUCUGUCGGUCUGUCAGUCUGUCGGUGUGUCCGCAAUUUUCGUGUCCGGUCCAUAUCUUUGUCAUCGAUGGAUGGAUUUUCAAAUAACUUGGCAUGAAUGUGUACCACAGUAAGACGACGUGUCGCGCUAAAGACCCAGGUCCGUAGCUCAAAGGUCAAGGUCACACUUAGACGUUAAAGGUCAUUUUUCAUGAUGUGCAUUCGUGUCCGGUCCACAUCUUUGUCAUCGAUGGAUGGAUUUUCAAAUAACUUGGCAUGAAUGUGUACCACAGUAAGACGACGUGUCGCGCGAAAGACCCAGGUCCGUAGCUCAAAGGUCAAGGUCACACUAAAAUGUUAAAGGUCAUUUUUCAUGAUGUGCAUUCAUGUCCGGUCCAUAUCUUUGUCAUCCAUGGAUGGAUUUUCAAAUAACUUGGCAUGAAUUUGUACCACAGUAAGACGACGUGUCGCACGCAAGACCCAGGUCCGUAGCUCAAAGGUCAAGGUCACACUUAGACGUUAAAGGUCAUAUUUCAUGAUAGUGCAUUGAUGGGCAUGUCCGGUCCAUAUCUUUGUCAUUCAUGCAUGGAUUUUAAAAUUAUUGGGCAUGAAUGUGUACCACAGUAAGACGACGUGUCGCGCACAAGACCCAGGUCCGUAGGUCAAAGGUCCUAAACUCUAACAUAGGCCAUAACUGUUCAUUCAAAGUGCCAUCGGGGGCAUGUGUCAUCCUAUGGAGACAGCUCUUGUUUUUGAUUAUUUUUUUCAUGAAGAAUUAUUAAUUUAUAUGCAAGAAGAACUGUCUUGCUACCAAAAACACCAGCAUACUGCAGCCAGGCUAUAUGUCUUAUAUGGGGGUGUGCUAUAUUAUCCUAGGCAAGUGUAAGAUUUUGUAGUAAGUCAGUACAUCAGAUUUACAAUGGGAAGCAGUGGUCUAGCAGAUGGGUCAUCACUUAACUAGAAGUGGUCUAGCUAUUUGUUCUUAUCAUCAAGACAUGGAGAAAAGUUUUUGUAGGCAAUAUCUUCAUUUUCGAGGUUAUCACCCACUCAAAAACAUUUGUCUCUCUUUGGGUCACAAAGUGCACAGAGUGCUGAAUGAAUAAAACUACCUAGGCGGUGGAGGAGGGGGCAGGUUCUUAUCAAGGUUUCGAGACACCUGCAUCGUCAAUGAUGUCGGUUCUUAUUUGUCCUGGAAACUGACCGAAAAGAGAUAGAAAAUAUUUCAUAACUAUGCUUAAUUGAAUCAGUGUAUUUUAACUAAAGCAAAAAUACUGUUGGACUUUAGAUUUCAAACUUCGAGAAGAACAUAAUUUUUGCGACUUUGAAAAAGUUGCAAAUAUUAAUAUGAAAACAAAAUUCUGAAAACUCCAAGUAAAUCACAAAAUGUAAUGCAAGAUAAGGUAUUUUUUGCUGUAACCUGCAAUAUUUACAAGUUUUAUACUGGACCAAGUUGUUUAAAAUCUUAACAGUUGAUUUCAACAUUUUAGAUGACUUGGUACAACAUAUCUAUGAAUUAAAAAUUAUGAAUACUAAAAAAAAUACAGUGUUCAAUCAAAACAUCCUACCAGUGUUUAUUAUGAAGGCUAAUAUUUUGAAUCAAAAUGUAACUGGUGGUUAGUUUAAUAGUCAGUUAAAGUUUCGAAUAACUGGGCCAAGUAUGUCAAGUAUAGAUGAAAAUAAGCUCCUUGAUACUAAAAAGAGCCAAAACAGUGUUAUUGUAGAUCCUUUGGUUCUUUAUGUUUAGGGUGCACUCAAGUCCCUUGGUAGGGAGAGCCUAAAACUUGCAGUCUACAGAAGGCAAAAAUGAUCCCAAGGUUAGGCGGAAGUCCUUUGUGGCAAUUUGACACAAGACAAAAUGGCUGAAGAUGUUUGUCUGCCAAAGCUUGAGUAUUGGGGGAAGUUGUCUGUUGUAUAUGUUCUUAUGAAAAAAAAUUCUGACUUCUACUGUUGUAGAAUUCCCUUUUCAGGUUAACUGACCAGCAUUAUGUAAACGAAAUAUUAAAAUACCAAACAAACAUGCUUAUUUUUAGCUCACCUGAGCACAAAGUGCUCAAAGGUGAGCUUUUGUGAUAGCCCUGUGUCCGUUGUCCGUUGUCGCCAUGCGUCUGUCCGUCCGUUAGUCGUCCGCCAUCAACAAUUUGACUGUUAACACUCUAGAGGUCACAAUUUUGGCCUAAUCUUAAGGAAACUUGGUCAGAAUGUUACCCUCAAUAAAAUCUUGGACGAAUUCGAUAUUGGGUCAUCUGGGUUCAGAAACUAGGUCACCAGGUCAAAUCAAAGGAAAAGCUUGUUAACACUCUAAGAGGUCAAAAUUUUGGCCCAAUCUUAAUGAAACUUGGUUAGAUUCUUACUCUCAAUAGAAUCUUGGACAUGUUCAAUAUCGGGUCAUUUGGAGUUAAAAACUAGGUCACCAGGUCAAAUCAAAGGAAAAGCUUGUUAACACUCUAGAGGUCACAAUUUUGGCCCAAUCUUAAUGAAACUUGGUCAGAAUUUUACCCUCAAUAAAAUCUUGGACGAGUUCGAUAUUGGGUCAGCUUGGUUCAAAAACUAGGUCACCAGGUCAAAUCAAAGGAAAUGCUUGUUAACACUCUAGAGGUCACAAUUUUGGCCCAGUCAGUGAAAUUUAGUCAGAUUGCUACCCUCAAUAAAAUCUUGGACGUAUUUGAUAUUGGGUCAUCUGGGGUCAAAAACUAGGUCACCAGGUCAAAUCAAAUGAAAAGCUUGUUAACACUGUAGAGGCCACAUUUAUGACUGUAUCUUCAUGAAUCUUGGUCAGAAUCUUAAUCUUGAUGGUCGCAAGGUCCAGAUUGAAUCUGGGUCAUGUAGGAUCAAAAACUAGGUCACCAGGUCAAAUCAAAGGAAAAGCUAGUUAACACUGUAGAGGCCACAUUUAUGACCAUAUCUUAAUGAAACUUAGUCAGAAUGUUGAUCUUGAUGAUCUAUAGGUUAGGUUCAAAUCUUGGUCAGGUAGGGUCAAAAACUAGGUCACUAGGUCAAAUCAAAGGAAAAGCUUGUUAACACUGUAGAGGCCACAUUUAUGACCUUAUCUUAAUGAAACUUGGUCAGAAUCUUAAUCUUGAUGGUAUCAAGGUCCAGAUUGAAUCUGGGUCAGGUGGGAUCGAAAACUAGGUCACUAGGUCAAAUCAAAGGAAAAGCUUGUUAACACUCUAGAGACCACAUUUAAGACUGUAUCUUCAUGAAACUUAGUCAGAAUGUUAAUCUUGAUGAUCUUUAGGUCAAGUUCGAAUCUGUGUCAUGUGGGGUCAAAAACUAGGUCACCUGGUCAAAUCAAAGCAAAAGCUAGUUAACACUUUAGAGACCAUAUUUAUGACCAUAUCUUAAUGAAACUUGGUCAGAAUGUUUAUCUUGAUGAUCUUUAGGUCACUAGGUCAGGUGAGCUAUACAGGGCCUUCAUGGCCCUCUUGUUUAUGUAUGGGCAUGUUCUGAGAUUUAUUAGAAGGCUAUAUAAGUUUUGUUCUUCAUCAACCACCUAUAUUCCUACCAGUAAUUAGGUGUCUUAUAGGAUACUUCUUACUCCCCUAACUCUUGAUUCAUGUGAUCAAGUUAUUAAUGUUACAGAAUCAAGGAUUACUGAUUUGGUAAAUUGACUGGUUCAAAGAUAGCAUUAAUUCUACAAAUACAUCAGUAGAUCACAAAAUCAACAAAAUGUAAUUCAAGCUAAAAACUAUUCACCCAUCAGUUUUCAUAUUGUCUAAUUGAUGUCCAUGCUUAUGGUCAUAAUGAAAAUUAUUUUUCUGCUGCUCAUUUAAAGGAUUGAUCUUUUUAUUUAUCUUCAAAAAAGUAAGAAAAUGACAGUUCGGGAUAAUGAAACAAAAGUUUUGCUGAUCCAUUAAAAUGUAGAAAAUCAGUUCGCAUAGGUAACUAGAGGCAUCUGGUGUACAAUUUACCAAAAUCUGUACAUAAUUAGCAGUCUGAAUUUAUUAUAACUUAUAUUUAGUUAUACUGUUGUAUUUUAGAAUAUAUAUGUUUCGAAAUGUUUUUAAAUGUUGUAUUUGUUUCAAAAUACAGUCACACCUAUCAUACAGAACACAUGUUAACAGAGACCAUUUGGCUCAAAAGGUAUAUGUCCCAUUCAAGAAAUUUAUUGUAUUUUACCUUUUGAAUAUACACCACUUGUAAAUAAAGGUCACAGUUUGACUUUCCCCAGAAUGAAGAAACUAUAUUUAUAUAUUAAACAGGUUUGACUGUAUAUGAAAUCAUUUUGUUGAUGGUUUUCCUUUGAGCUAUUGCUCUGUUAUUUUUUCGUAUUUUCAUGAAAGAUAAUUUUAGCCCGACUAUUGAAAGAAUAUUCCAAGCUGUUCCACUCACCCUUCCCUGGCAUCGACAUUGGCAUCACACUAAAGUCUAGCAUGCAAGAAGGUAUAGCUAUAAUUUAAAGGCAUAUAGCUUUGAAACUUAUUUUUUCUUUUUCUAGGUCAAUAAACGGUCUCACAGGAUCAAGUCCCAUAACUCUGACAUGUAUUUUGGCCAAAUUAUGCCCCCAUUUGUACUUAGAAAAUCCUGGUUAAAGUUUUGCAUGCAAGUUACUAUCUCCAAAACUAAUGCAGAUAUUGGAUCAAUACCCUAUAGAUAUUUUAACAUUUAGGGUAAUAUUCCUGCUUCUGGGACAACAGUUCGAAUAGUCAAGCAUUGAUUGUUUUAUGGACAUCUCUUGUUGUCAUUAUUUCGAUUAAGAGAGCACAAUUAUGGAAAAGCAUCAAUAGAGGUAGAUAUAUAUGUAAUAUUGUAUUUUUGUCAUUUAUCAGUGCUAGAUACUUUGACAAGACAGUAUUUCAGAAUUCAUGAAAAAGUUUAUGUCUAUCUUAUAUUAGUUAAAAACGUGUUUAUUUAUAAUUUACAUGUUGCAAGAACAGUGCGAAGUACAGUAUAUGGAAUAAUUCAAAGUUUCAUUGUCAUUUAAUCAGUUCAAAAGAAGCCUGAUUGCAAAGUAAUCACAGAGAAAAUCAGAUUUAUGAAAUAUACCCCAACAUUUUUCAUUUUUAGCUCACUUGUCACGUAGUGACAGGGUGAGCUUUUGUGAUCGCCCUUCGUCCGUCGUCCGUCCACAAUUUCUUGUCUGCACGAUAGAGGUUUCAUUUAUGAUUUUAUUUUAACCAAACUUGCACACAACUUGUAUCACCAUAAGAUCUCGGUUCCUUUCUUGAACUGGCCAGAUCCCAUUAUGGGUUCCAGAGGUAUGGCCCCUGAAAGGGCCAAAAUUAGCUAUUUUGACCUUGUCUGCACAAUAGCAGCUUCAUUUAUGAUUUGAUUUUUACCAAACUGGCACACAACUUGUAUCACCAUAAGGUCUUGGUUCCUUUUUUGAACUGGCCAGAUUUCAUUAUGGGUUCCAGAGUUAUGGCCCCUGAAAGGGCCAAAAUUAGCUAUUUUGACCUUGUCUGCACAAUAGCAGCUUCAUUUAUUAUUUGAUUUUAACCAAACUGGCAUACAACUUGUAUCACCAUAAGAUCUUGGUUCCUUUCUUGAACUGUUGAGAUUCCAUUAUGGGUUCCAGAGUUAUGGCCCCUGAAAGGGCCAAAAUUAGCUAUUUUGACCUUGUCUGCACAGUAGCAGCUUCAUUUAUGAUUCGAUUUUAACCAAACUUGCACACAACUUGUAUCACCACAAGAUCUUGGUUCCUUUCUUGAACUGGCCAGAUUCCAUUAUGGGUUCCAGAGUUAUGGCCCCUUAAAGGUCCAAAAUUGGCUAGUUUGGCUUUUGCAGCCAUAUAGAGACUUCAUUUAUGGUUUUAUUUGAUACAAACUUCCAAAAUAACUUCAACAACAAAAUUCUUGGAUUCCAUGACAAAUCAGAUCCAAGCGUAGGUUCAGUUAUUUUAUAUCUGAUUACCUCCCCUGAUUGUAAUCAAAAUGGAUUUAUAUCAGUAAGUACUUAUAGUACUUAUUUGAAAUUUCAUUAUUGUCAUUAGUUGGACUGAGCCAAUCAGGGUAGAUAACUAUGGACUAAUUUUAUGUCAAAUUACCUCCCUUUAUUUCAAAUUAAAAUGGGUAUAUCUCCGUAACUAAUGAAGAUACUGAUCUGAAAUUUCAUUUAUGUCAACAGAUUUAUUCGGCAGAUCCUUCUUUUCUUCACUUACAAUAAUUUUUUUUUUAAUUACUUCCCUUUUACGUUACUAUAAAUAGCUUAUUUUUAGUAACUUUUUUAUUAUUGGCCGUAGGGAAAAACCAAGACCACUUUUCUGUGGUACAACAUGGAUGGUACCUCCAAUUUGUAGGUGUAUUUUGAAUAUUAUCUGUACCUUGUAAGAAUUUUUUUUUUCUUUUUGGUUAAAUUUCUUCCCUUUGUUGUUACUGUCCUUUGGAAUUAGAUAUUUUUUCUGAGGACCUUCUUGUCCUCAAGUGCAAUGAUAACAGGUGAGCGAUAUAGGACCAUCAUGGCCCUCUUGUUUUAAUUUACGUGUCUUGCUUGCUAAAUAUAUCAUAACGCCAUCAGUAACAGUAUCAUCAUUUUCAAAAAAAGGAAAUCAUUUUGCUUCCAUAUUAAUAGUCAAAGAGUGACAAUUUUGCCUGCCAGACAGUUUUAUAUCACUAAAUUAAGUGUUUUUAAAUGACAUUCUUAGAAUGUCAGAAUUUGUCUGGAGAUGCAAAGUUCCAUCAUCAUAAUUAUCGUGUUUAUUCAUGAUUCAUCAAUGUCAUGAUUAAUAAGCACAUCACUAGUAAAUUAUAUAACUAAUGCUUAGUGUAAUAUCUGAAAGGAAUGAAAGCGUACCUUUAACUGACUUCAAUAUUUCUACAAGUAAGUUACGGUAAAGAGUAAAACUUGUAUAUAGUUGACUCUUUGGGAUCAUUCUGUACAUUUUUGUAUCUGAAUAGUGAACAGAUCAUGAUAUUAUGCACAAACUGAAUGGCUCGCAGGUCAAUAUUCAAAACUAUUGCCCUAGGUAAAAACUACUGACUGGAGAUUUGUAUCAGAAGUCGUGUAAUAAAUUAAAUUGUUAUUAAUACACUUAUUCAAGAUAUGUACAAUGGAAAUUAAUAUUUUUAUUGCAUUCACUUACAAUGUGAUUCUAUUUUACAAUGAACUUUUCAUAUCUUUCCUUAAUAUUCAGAAGUACACUUCUACGUUUUUAUGAUUUUCAGAUUUUGUGGUAUAUAUAAUUCAUAAAUUGAUAUCAUUUCCCAUUUAAUAAAAAUAAAACGUGAACUUAAUAAAAAAAAGUUUGAAUUUAUCACAUGAUAAUCAUUUCUUUCAUACUUUAGGUUGUUGUAUUAUCAUAACAGCAUUUUAUUAAUUUACUUGAUUCUUUUUACUACCAUUUUAACUGAAUGUUAGGAUGAUAUGUGCUGUGGCAUAUUCUUCCAUUUCUUUAGUGCACAUACCUUAUUUAGUGCAUUUAAACACUUAUUUAUUUGCUUUUUUUUUCUUAGUUUUUUCUUAGUUUGUGCUAUUUCACACCCUAAUAAUCUUAAGUUUUGUGAUAAGAUCUAUUGUAAAAUCUUUGUUUCCAAAUAACUUUGUUUGUUGACCCCCUCAAAUUGUUUGGGUGGUGUGGGGGCACUUAGAUUUGCCUUUGUCCAAUUGUCUAUCUGUCAGUCCAUCUGCAUUCGAGUCAUACAUAAAACUAUUUGACCUAGAGUCAUCAGACCUCACAGGAUUGAUUCAGCAUGUGAAAUUGUGCAUCUGGUGUUUUAAUUGGGAUUUCACACGUCAGACCAGUUAUUGGUCCUUGACUUAGUUGAAAAUAUGCAUACAGUGACAGGACUGGGGGGCACCAGUGUGCUAUAGACAUACAUUUAGUUGAAUUUAUUUGAAAUAAAGAAUGGCAAUUAUAUAGGAGUGUAUUUUGCUAUAUCCAAGUGUGCUGUAUUUAAUCUUGAUUUUCUGUUGAGAUGUGUAUUGCAAUGACUUUUUUCCAAUGAUUUGACUGAAAACCUGAAAACUUUGCACCCAAUUGUAUCAGCCGUUUAUUUGCUAGAAGUAGGGAAGUUUUUUAAAAGCUGCAUGAUUAUGCCUGUAAAGUUCUUAAGUUGUUUUUUUCUGAUCUUUAAAACAAGGACAAAGGUCCAAUACAAAUAGUCAUGUCCCAAGAAUGCAGCGACCCCAAAAGCAAUAUCAUACAUUAAUGUCUGUAUGUAUGUGUAAACGAUUGGCAUUUACACAAAAAUAUAAAGUAAGACGACAAUAACUAAACAUAUGUAGUAACACAGUGGGGCACUGACUGCUGAGAUUAGUUUGAUUAGAUACAUGAAUGGUAUAAUAAUUAUGUAUCACAAUAUUAGAAAAAUGCUAUAAAGGACUUGUAUGUUACUAUAUUAUUCUUCUUUUAGGUGUUUACUAUUACAACCAUCUGUAAUUAUUGAUUAGUAAGCAAAAUGAAUAUUCCUAAUUUGUUAUCUAAAAACUUGUCACUAUUUUGACAUUUGACAUUUGAAAUGUUGAAUCGAAAGCUUAAAUUUGUGCUUUGUUUAUGCUUAUUUCCAAUAUUUAAUCUGUAUAUGAUGAUAAGAGUUAAAUCAAAGAAAGCCAUUUGGUUUGAUAUUGAUGAUGCAUCCUAUGAUGUCAUCACAAAUCUAUUGUUAUUUUAUUUCUGUUUUAUUAUUAUAUUGUUAUUUUUAGCUCACCUGUGCUCAAAGGUUAGCUUUUGUGAUCGCCCUUGGUCCGUCGUCAUCCGUCCGUCGUCAACAAUUUGACUGUUAACACUCUAGAGGUCACAUUUUUGGCCCAAUCUUAAUGAAACUUAGUCAGAAUGUUACCCUCAGUAAAAUCUUGGAUGAGUUCGAUAUUGGGUCAUCUGGGGUCAAAAAGUAGGUCACCAGGUCAAAUUAAAGGGAAAGCUUGUUAACAAUUUUGGCCCAAUCUAAUGAAACUUAGUCAGAAUGUUACCCUCAAUAAAAUCUUGGACGAGUUCGAUAUUGGGUCAUCUGGGGUCAAAAACUAGGUCACCAGGUCAAAUCAAAGGAAAAGCUUGUUAACACUCCAGAGGUCACAUUUUUGGCCCAAUCUUAAUGAAACUGUCGGAAUGUUACCCUCAAUAAAAUCUUGGACGAGUUUGAAAUUUUGUUCAUCUAGGGUCAAAAACUAGGACACCAGGUCAGAUCAAAGGAAAAGCUUGUUAACAGUCUAGAGGUCACAAUUUUGGCCCGAUCUUAAUGAAACUUGGUCAGAGUGUUAUCCUCAAUAAAGUCUUGGACGAAUUUGAUAUUGGGUUAUCUAGGGUCAAAAACAAGGUCACCAGGUCAGAUCAAAGGAAAAGUUUGUUAACACUGUAGAGGCCACAUUUAUGACUAUAACUUCAUGAAACUUGGUCAGAAUGUUAAUCUUGAUGAUCUCAAGGUCCAUUUUGAAUCUGGGUCAUGUAGGAUCAAAAACUAGGUCACCCGGUCAAAUCAAAGGAAAAGCUAGUUAACACUGUAGAGGCCACAUUUAUGACCAUAUCUUAACGAAACUUGGUCAGAAUGUUAAUCUUGAUGAUCUAUAGGUCAAGUUCAAAUCUGGGUCAGGUGGGGUCAAAAACUAGGUCAAAUCAAAGGAAAAGCUAGUUAACACUCUAGAGGCCACAUUUAUGACUGUAUCUUCAUGAAACUUAGUGAAAAUGUUAAACUUGAUGAUUUUUAGGUCAAGUUCGUAUCUGGGUCAUGUGGGGUCAAAAACUAGGUCACGGGGUCAAAUCAAAGGAAAAAGCUGGUUAACACUUUAGAGGCCACAUUUAUGACCAUGAUGAUCUUUAGGUCAGUAGGUGAGCGAUACAGGACCUUAUGGCCCUCUUGUUUUUAAAACACUUUCUUAGGCUGUGGUGUAGGUCAUGUAAGUUUAUGUAAAAAAUUGUAUAAAAUUGAGGUACAUUAUUUUGCACUGUUAAAAGUUGGAGGUACAAAACAUAUCUGUGGUGUUGUUGUCUUUUCUUCUAUGCUGUAAAUAUUAUGUGUUGUUACACAUGUAUGGUAACAUAUUACGUAAAUUGCUAUUACAAUCGCACCUGAACCAAGUGUUCAGGGUGAUUUGUUAGUGUAAAUGGAUAGUCUUUUGUCUCUCAACCACCAAUUUAGACUGCCAGCUUAGCUCAGUAGGGAGGGCGAAGAUCUAAGGAAUGCAUUGUAGUGAUUUCGAUCCUCUGGUUAGGCGUAUAUUCUCUGUGAUGAUUUCAUAAAGACAUUGUGUCUGAAGUCUAUGGCCUCUAUUUCUGUUUUGUUUGGGGUCAGUUACCAGUUACUUGCAGCGAACAGGUUUAUGGUAGUACAGAAUCCAGGAACACUGGUUAAAUUAACUGCCUGCAGUAACAUAACUGAAAUACUGUGAAAAAUGACAUUUAACUUAAAACAAACAACCCAGGGCUUUUUUCCCCUAUAAAUAAGGAGGUAAUCCCAAAGCAAAAAAGUAUGUUUUUUUCCAAUUCUGAAUUCAAAACUCCCAAAUGAGUGUUUUCUUUUAGGGUUUUGGCUGUUUUAAAAUAGGAAAUGCACUUUACAUAGACCUUUCUAAUGUUGUUUUCAACUGGUUCCAUUUGACUUCACUAAGAUGCAACCUGUGCUAUAAAUAAAAAUUCUUUAAUUUACUUAAAGGUCAAGGUCAGAUGAUAAUUGUUAUUCUCCUAAUGGGCAUCAUACACAUCACGCUGUCUUAAUUACAUCUAUUCAAGUUUACAGAGAAAAAUAAAAAGCACUGAUUUUGCUUUGUAUGUAUUUUCUAGGUUUUGCCAUAUCUGGCAGUAUGUAAUUGUUAUGAUCAAUACUAUAACUUUAAAAACUACUUUUUAAUGUGAUAAAUUAAAUUGCAUGUGUGCAAUACGUAGCUAUGUAAAUAAAGUAGUGCAAAAAAUA